CCCCCCCCCUCCUGGCUCCCACCCCCUCCUGGCUGGUUAGCCGCUUCCUCUCCUGUGCGCGCCGUGACUUCUCGUCUCCUCUGGAAGCGGAGAGGCGCGUUGCCUUUGGGUCUCUCGGCGGUCCCCCCCCACCUGCGUCCGUCAUGUCCACCCUGUUCGGUGGUGGUGGUGGUGAGCAGCAGUUCACGAACCCAGAGAAUCCCGGCUAUGUUGGCUUUGCCAACCUCCCCAAUCAGGUCCACCGCAAGUCUGUCAAGAAGGGCUUUGAGUUCACGCUGAUGGUGGUCGGCGAGUCGGGCUUGGGGAAGUCGACCCUCAUUAACAGCCUCUUCCUCACCGACCUCUACCCCGAGCGCGUAAUCCCGGGCGCUGCAGAGAAGAUCGAGCGCACGGUGCAGAUCGACGCGUCGACGGUGGAGAUCGAGGAGCGCGGCGUGAAGCUGCGCCUCACCGUGGUCGACACGCCGGGCUACGGCGAUGCUAUCGACAGCCGCGGCUGCUUCAGCACCAUCCUGCAGUACAUCGACGAGCAGUUUGAGCGCUACCUGCACGAUGAGAGCGGACUCAACCGACGGCACAUCGUCGACAACCGCGUGCACUGCUGCUUCUACUUCAUCUCGCCCUUCGGACAUGGGCUGAAGCCGCUGGACGUGGAGUUCAUGAAGGCGCUGCACAACAAGGUGAACAUCGUCCCCGUCAUCGCCAAGGCCGACACGCUCACCAUGCGGGAGAGGGAGACGCUCAAACGCAGGAUCCUGAAUGAGAUCGAGGAGCGUGGGAUCAAGAUUUAUCACCUGCCUGACGCAGACUCGGAUGAGGAUGAAGAGUUCAAGGAGCAGACUCGCAUUCUUAAGCUGAGCAUCCCCUUUGCGGUGGUGGGCUCCAAUCAGCUGAUAGAGGUGAAGGGCAAGAAGGUGCGCGGACGACUCUACCCGUGGGGCGUGGUGGAAGUGGAAAACCCGGAGCACAACGACUUCCUCAAGCUGCGCACCAUGCUCAUCACUCACAUGCAGGACCUGCAGGAGGUCACCCAGGACCUCCACUACGAGAACUUCCGCUCGGAGCGUCUCAAGCGAGCCACGCGGGGUCAGGCGCCCCCCGCCGAGGAGGGUGGAGACACCGACGGCAUUCUGCAGCAGAAGGAGGCGGAGCUGCGGCGCAUGCAAGAGAUGAUCAUGCGCAUGCAGGCUCAGAUGCAAAUGCAGAUGCGUCCGGAAGGAGAAUCCGUUCCGCGAUCGCACAACGUGUGAGGGGGGGGGGCCCCACAUCGCGCGCCCCCCAUCGGGGAAAUGGGCUGGGGAGGACCCCCCCGCCACCACCUCCAUCGGCAGCUUGAGCUUCCUCACAGCCUCCUCCCUCCCUCUCUCCCCUCCAUCACCUCCAUCACCUCCAUCACCUCCAUCACCUCCAUCAUCUCCAUCACCUCCAUCACCUCUCUUGCACCCCCACCGCUGUCUACCCUGCACCUCACCACCGCCACCGUCUACCCUGCACCUCACCACCGCCAACUCGCAGAGAACACGGACGCUUGGUUGCAAUGUCACUGCCGAUAUCAAUGAGCAAUAUUUAUUCGGUUGUGGUUUUUUAAAUCCGCGAAAACAAAGAGUCAAUAUUUGUACCGCCUGAGUUUACGAAUCAAUACAGCUUGCAGACUAACAAUGCAGUAGCUCUCCCAGCAGCUCACCGCCUUGCCACCGGAAUCGCGGGGUGCGUGUGUGUAUGUGUGUGUUUGUGUGUGUUUGUGUGUUUAUGUGUGUAUGUAUGUGUGUUGUGUGUUUAUGUGUGUAUGUAUGUGUGUUUGUGUGUGUGUACGCACACGCCAUGUGCAGUAUUUUCCCGUGGCGUUGUGCACAUCCGUCACUGCGCAGUGAAACUGUACGUGCAGCCUUUCAUGUGUGUGUACGUGUGUCACUGUGUGUACGUGUGUCACUGUGUGUACGUGUGUCACUGUGUGUACGUGUGUCACUGUGUGUACGUGUGUCACUGUGUACGUGUACGUGUGUCACUGCGUGUGUGUACGCGUGUCACUGUGUGUGUGUCACUGUGUGUGUCACUGCGUGUUGUAUGUCUUCAUCUUAAAUGAUGAGCGGGAGUGCAGUGGUUGGCGCUCUGCAUUUAGGAAACUUACGACCCGCGGCCAACAUUGGUGACGAAUAUAUCGACCGGUCCUGCUGCUCCCAUUGGUCGACUCGGCCUCAAACGAGUCGCCGGCGUGGUGUGUUAACGUCGGCAUUGGGGAAAGGCGGCUGGGCACGGGGCUAACCACAGAACUUCCUUGUGCGCUGUGCUGGCAUCCCCAGGGUGCUCGCUCACAGCGCCCGCAGUCCGUCCGUCGCAAGCUCGGUGUGCGUGUCUGUGUAUGCACGACAAUGUUUCUUUUUUUGCGGGAGUCUUUUUGUUAAGAAAAAUCAAACGAAUGCUCUCUGAUCCUCAAAGAGCACCCGCGCGGCGUCUCCUCAAUGUGCCUUGGUGUUUUGCCUUCUCUGGCUGGAGCCCAGCCUCGCGCAACGAGUCUCGCACGAGGCCGCCUCGCUCCGUAGAUCUCCUCUGGGAGAAGCAGCACACCCCUUGCUCGCUACCGUCCCCUUGCUGCUCAAGAUGAUGCAAAAGGAGGAGUUCUUCUCGAGAACCCCCCGCGCCAAAAAAAUCGUUACGUUUUAACAUAAAUGCUCGUUAAGGGUUGUAGAUUAAUUUUGAUAUUUUUAAGUUCGAAGUUACGAUCGGAGCAGAAAGGUGCUUAAAACAAAACUCGUCUCAAAGCGUUGCGGCUGCACGUGAGCCCACACGUGACCCGCACAUGACCCUAGACGUGACCCUGCACGUGACCCCACACGACCCUAGACGUGACCCCACACGUGACCCGCACAUGACCCUAGACGUGACCCCGCACGUGACCCCGCACAUGACCCUAGACAUGACCCCGCACGUGACCCUGCACGCGGGGAAGCCGUGGCCGUGGAGUGGGACCCGGGGGGAGGGAGUUCUGUGAGGCCCGAGGCGACUGCCUACCCCGGUAGAUGCAGGGAAAGAAGAGCAGUCUCAAGUUUUAGUGACCCAAACACUAAACCUGAAAGCCUCUACGCCCUAAGCCAUAACUUCUAGCUUCUCACUUGUAACCCUCAUUGGCAAUCCCUGCUCAUUAACUGGAAAUAAUCCUAAACCCCAACAUGAACUUCUCACCCUUAUCACUAAACUAUACCCAACCCCCUACCCCUUGACCCGAACCCACGAAUCGGCAACCAAAAUAACAAGAACCAUUUUUUCGAAUUCAAUAAACCUCAAUAUUUGAAGAGCCGCAAUGCGGUGGCCCUUAAUAAAUAUCGAUCACGAAGCAGUUCCUGAAAGAGCCGCGGGUUGCCGACCCCCGCCCUAACCCACAAACCCAUUAUAAACCCUUUAUAAACCCAUAAACCCUUUAUAAACCCCAACUCCGAACCCGAACUCGGUUGCUAAAUCCCGGAACCCGAGCCCAUUCACCACCCUGCGCUGCAAGCCAAGGGAGAAGGCUGUGGUUGGAUUUGAAUCUGCUCGGUGAUGGAAGAAGGCGGCAAUGUGCGGGAUGGAAGUGGGAGGCAGAGCCUCGCUCGGAUUCUCCCCCCCCCCCCUCACAUCUUAGCGGGGGAGGGGGGGGAGCGGUCGAUUAUUUUGUGAUGCAUUGGCACAGCGUGAUUCGCGUGUUUCGGUCCGUGUUUUAAACGUGAAAUAAAAGCUGUCAUUCAGGAUUCAA